AUAUCCGAAUAUCUGCUGAUUAAUCUUCGCGCAGAUAAGAGAUAAGAUGAUCAGCUAUUGCUGUAAGAAUGCUCGAAAGUCUCUUUGAAACACUAGUUAAUAGGUAUUUGUGUAGAUGUCGAAGAAAAAACUCUUUCUUGGAUUAUGCGAGCCACAAAUAUGGUAUCUGUUUUUUCCCUAAUACUUUUUUAUCCUCAUAAAGCAGCCUCAUCGGUUUCAGAAUCACUUGCACAUUUAAAUUUUAAUGCCGAACAACGUAAUUAUAUAUCAAAGCUAAAAUUAAAGUUCACCAAUGAGAUUGAGCAAAAGGAUAUGAUGAUCAAGCAAAUAGAUAAAAUAAUCCAGCUAAACGAUGCUCGUAUAAAGGAAAUGGAACCGCAUCAGCAUCAAUACAUAAAGGAUGUAUGUUACACUGUAUUCCGCGGUAGAGUAACACUUGUUCAAAAUUAUCUCCAUACUUCCGAUUUCCUAUUAGCAUGUCCUCAGAUUCAACACACCAUAAAAGACUUGGCCAUUAAUUUUAAAGGAAAAGAAAACUCGUAUAACAUUAUAUUGGAACAAAUAUGGAGAGUACGAAAAGAACGACCAAACACAAUUCAAAAAGUUCGGUUUACAAACGUACAAACGUGGACGAUAUACAUUCAUUGGAUAUAUUUUCGUAUAACUCCGGAGGAACGUGAAUGGGUCAGAAAAGAUUUUAAACUUUUAUUCGAAAUAAUCACUGAAAUACAGAAAUUCAAUAAUGUCGAAAAUAAGAGAGUCGAGCUAAAAUCAACUUUGAAAACGUUACAUCGUGAUAUUUUCCCCUCCUCGUCUAACUCAAAGAAUAUCACGGAUAAUUUGGUGAAAUUAUUUCCAAAAUUACGAAGCUACAUUAACGAAGCUGAGAAAAACCAUAAAUCACCAUUUGCAAAUACUCAUUAUUACGUACAAAACCUCCUUCCAGAUCUUAGCCAUGAUUAUAAUUUUGUCGGAUUAGUACAAUGGGCAACACAAAUUAGUACCGAAGAUAGAAAAAAUCUCGAGACACGCCACAAAAUAUUAUCAAAUUUCACAAAUUCAAUGGAUAUGAUAUUUGGAAUAGCCAAGAAGAAAGCUGUAAGCAUGAACAAGGCAUGGGAGGAGGUGACCCGAGUUAAAGUGAAAGAAAAAGAAAACACCAUUAUUUCCAAAUAUGAACUCGGCAAAAUAUAUAAAAUUAUUUUAAAUAACACAUUUUAUCGAAAAGAACACGAAAUCGUUUGUAAUAAACUCAUCUUAGAAGCUAGACCUAACGUUACAUUAAUCGAAACACCAGAAGAGCAACUCUAGAAAUGUCAAAUUUAUUCAAAAUAAAAUUUUUUCAAAAUCGAACUCUGUACCUCGUACUUAAAAAGUAAUUUUGAUUACCAAAAUUUGGAAAAAGGAACCAGAUAUUACCUUCAACAGCUCGAGUGACCCAGUUACUUGAAAAGUAUCAGAGUACAAACCCUGAAGAACCUCUAAAAAAAUAACUCCAAAAUUUCUUCAUUCUUCCCUCCCAGCUGAUCCACGAUCCACAGUUCGAUAUUCUCGGAACGCUGUAAAAUUCAACGAAACGUUCGAUUAUUUCGUACAAUGUUUAUUAAAACAAUCAAAAUUACAUAAUUUUCAAAAAAUAAAUAAAACAGUUUCAAGCUGGAACUUCGAUUUGUUGCAUUGGCUUCAAGUCAUCGCAAACUGAAAACUCGCAUCCAGUCGAUACGAUGAUAUCGGGUAAUUCGACACCAUCGGCGAUUUCAAUCAACUUUAAUCCGGAUUCACGA